CUCAUCCGAGGCUCCUCCAUCAGCUCAAUCCCAGUUUUUGGACUCUGUAACCAGUGACGUAUCAGCUGUUCACCGUCAAUAAACGUGCAGAAGCUUCCGCCCAGCACGAGGCGCCUGCCAGGCAGCGCUCAGGGAUAUAAGAACCUGCAGCCGGGAUUCAUUACUUCCGGUAUUAGGACGUGUAUUUCCGGUCUGAGUGACGCGCUGACAGUAGUCAGACUCUUAGCCUCUGUUAGCUUGUGUUAGCCGCCGUUUAGCCACAGUUUCCGGGUUCUGAGCUCACCUCGCGCCCCGGCUCCGUGUACCCGGACCCUCCGUCCUUUCACCUGUCGGCUGGGACCGAGACGGCUCCCGGUUCUGUCCGAUCCGGCUGCCUCCGGACUCCGCCUUUAGCCGCAGAGCUAACCCUGCUGCUAGCGCUGCUAACGGCUAACUGUGGCGUUCGUGGGUAAGCGAGAGAAACAACGAGGAGGCCGCGCACAGGUGCGGCUCUCAGGUCUUGACCUUCGCUCUGAGGACGCAGUAGCAGCCAUGUUGACCUAGAGUCGUCAUUGGCGGUGGUGAGUUCUGAGCACGAGCAGAAACGACGGGCAAUCGCAGCCAUGUCGGAGAACCAGGCGAACAACAACAAUGUCCCGCUUAACAACAACAACAACAACAUGGGACCCAACCGCCUCCGCAAUCCCAACCUGAACCAGAACCCCCUUAUCAAUGUCCGCGACCGCCUCUUCCAUGCGCUCUUCUUCAAGAUGGCCGUCACCUACGCACGCCUAUUCCCUCCGUCCUUCAGGAGGGUCUUUGAGUUCUUCGUUCUGCUCAAGGCACUCUUCGUCCUCUUCAUCCUCGCCUACAUCCACAUUGCCUUCUCUCGCUCACCCAUCAACUGUCUAGAGGUGGUAAGGGAGCGCUGGCCCCGUGACGGCAUCCUGCGGGUUGAGAUCCAGAGAAACUCGAGCCGGGCACCCAUCUUCCUUCAGCACUACGACUCGGCGAGCCUCCAUGAUGAGCUGGAUGCCGAGGAGGAAGGAGGGGGGCUGGCGAUGGGCGGGCUCAGCCUGGCGAUGCUGCCCGACGAAGAAGUGGAAGAGGAGGAGAUGACUGUGGAGAUGUUUGACAACAGCUCAGUGCAGUUUGAGUUGGACAUCGAGCCCCGCCUGAAGCCAUCUCUGGUUGGUGCAGGAGGAGGAGGAGCUUCAGGAGGAGGAGGCGCCAACGACAGCCAGGACGUCUCGUUCAGCCAGACCACUAAAGGUAUGCAGCCGCUGCAGGACUCAGUGUCUGAGCUGGAGAUGAUGACCCGAGCAGUGUGGCCUCAGGAGGAGUACAUCGUGGAGUACUCGCUGGAGUAUGGCUUCCUGCGCCUCUCUCAGAGCACCAGACAGAGACUCAACAUCCCUGUCAUGGUCGUCACACUUGAUCCGAUGAAGGACGAGUGUUUCGGAGAUGGCUUCAGUCGCUUCCUGCUCGAUGAGUUUUUGGGCUACGAUGACAUCCUGAUGUCGAGCGUGAAAGCGCUCGCCGAGAAUGAGGAGAACAAAGGAUUCCUGAGGAACGUGGUCUCCGGUGAGCAUUACCGCUUUGUCAGCAUGUGGAUGGCCAGGACCUCCUACCUGGCCGCCUUUGUCAUUAUGGUCAUAUUUACUCUGUCGGUGUCCAUGCUGCUCAGAUACUCUCACCACCAGAUCUUCGUCUUCAUUGUUGACCUCCUGCAGAUGUUGGAGAUGAACAUGACCAUUGCCUUCCCAGCAGCCCCUCUGCUCACCGUCAUCCUGGCCCUCGUAGGCAUGGAGGCCAUCAUGUCAGAGUUCUUCAAUGACACAACAACGGCAUUCUACAUUAUCCUCAUCGUGUGGUUGGCAGAUCAGUACGACGCCAUCUGCUGCCACACAAACACCAGCAAACGCCACUGGCUCAGGUUCUUCUACCUUUACCAUUUCGCCUUCUACGCCUACCACUACCGCUUCAAUGGCCAGUACAGCAGCCUCGCCCUCGUCACUUCCUGGCUCUUCAUCCAGCACUCCAUGAUCUACUUCUUUCAUCACUACGAGCUUCCGGCCAUCCUGCAGCAGAUCCGGAUCCAGGAGAUGCUCCUGCAGAACCAGCAGGCUGGUCAGAACCAGACGGCUCUGCAGGAUAACCUCAACAACAACAUUGGCACUGCCGCCGCUGGAAUGGGACCCGCCAAUGCCCCACAACCAGGGCCGACCAGUGGAGCCGAGCCGGGGCCUCAGACAGAUUCCCUUCCGUCCCCUGCGGAAGGUGGAGCCUCAGGAAGCGGGGAGGUGAGGGCGGAGCUGAACUGGGUCGCUCACACAGCUGCCAUCCUCACUGAAGCCCUGACGUCGUCAGUGGAUGCGGGAGCCAGCAGCGGUCAGGGGCCAGCUGAGAUCAAUGUGGUGGCCGAGUUCUGGAUGGGAGGGGGAGCAGUAGGAGGAAGGUCCUUAGGAGGGAGCGGAGCCUUUGGAGGUCAAGAUCCAAACUCUAUUUCUGUAGAAUUUAAACCUGCACCAGCUCCUCCAAUCACAGAGCAGCAUGAGGCGGGGCCCUCAGAGGAUGCGGGGCCCUCACAGGCAGAGGGUGCCUUGGAGGAGGCAGGGCCCUCAGAAGAAUGCCCCUCCCACACAGACUGUCCCCCCUCACAGAGCGCAGACUGCCGGCAGCGGCCAUCCUGAGGCUGCUGACAUCGCCUCACCUGUGAGACAGCUGAUCGGCUCAUUGAUCGAAUGAACAGGUUUUAUUUGAUUUUUAAACUCAUUGAUUAGCUUGAGGGUGGCGUCUCCCUGCAGGUCACAUGAACAGAGGGCGGGGAUGCGAUAAUUUAUUCUGCUCUUUUCUUUUUUUCUUUUUUUUUUCUUUUUUUUUUUUUUCUUUGUGUUUUGGAGUAUGGAUGGUUUUUCUUCAGACGGUGUUGGAGGUUGGAGGUCCAUCGCCAUGGAAACCGAAAGCAACACCCUGAACGAAUGAAGCUUGAAGCAAACUUUUUUUUUUUUAAACUUUUUUCCCCCCCCUCUAAUCAAUAAACCCGAGUGUCUCUUUCUCAAACAUCAGCCUUUUCUUUGAUUCUUCAAACGAAGCUGAUCGAUCAAUUGGCUCAUCAGAGCUCUGCUGUUACCGGAGGAUUUUCAAAAUAAAAUGCAUGGCGUUAACAGACGUUUUAUUUAUCUUGAAAACCCUUCUAACAUGAACGUGUUGUUACGUGAUGAGUUUAUUCAGACUUCAUGUAAAAACUGAAUCUGUUUGUCUAUAGAGGAAAAAGCUUCACAAUAUAAGCCCUGACAGCAGGAAGCUGCUGCCACAUGGUACACACCAGGCCUGAGUGGUUUCACUUCAUUGAUCAAAUAAUUAACUGAUUAUCAAUAAUAUUCAAUAAAGAAAAAUCAGGUUUCUGCUGCUGGCUGAAAGAAUGAAGCCAAGCAGUUCUGGUGUGCCUGGGGGCGGAGCCAGUGAGCUACAGACAAGAAGUCUGAUGCAACCUUUCAGUUAUUGAUCAGCUGAUCAGUUAUUGAUUCUGACAGACUGAAGCACGAACUCAACUUAAGUUGCUUUUUUUUUCCUUUCUUUGCUUUUGUCUUGAGGGAAAUAAUUGAACAGGAAGUUUGGAGCACUGUGGCGCCAGACUGAACAUUCAGGACUUCCUAUUGGAAUGGAUGCCUUAUCAGUAAUCCUCAGACUGUCAGCAGCUGAGCGAGCUGAUUGGUUGUGGAAUAUGACUGACUGUCACACUCACGCUCCGCCUCCUCCAUCUGUUCAUCUAUGAAAAUGGUGAAUGAUGUGGUGGGUUUGAUGGCAGCGUGUUUUCUCUGACCGCUCCCAUCAGACAUCUGCCAAACACAUUUUUAGGGGAAUGGGACACGUGAGAUGCUCUGAACCGAUCAGGAAGCCUGAUUUAAAAGCAGCAUUUUGGUCAAAGUCCCUUCAACGGGACAGUGGCAAGUUUUUGAAAGUGAACACCUGUUUGCGUUCUUUGGAUAAAUGAUGGUCUACAAAUCUGAAGGAGGGGAAAGGAACUGAUCCCUCCCAUCAGGUGAACUUCAUCAAUUAUUGAUUGGAUAUCAGAAACAAUUGAUCUCUGAGUGUCUGUUUUUGUUGCUGUGAAGUAGACUGAGCCUGAGCGUGACUCUGGCUAAGGGGGUGGGGGGUUCUUCUUCGUGCCUCUCUGCUGAGGACUGUAGCCUCAUUAUUGAUCAUCAAACUGUAUUUACCUGUCAGACCAGUAAAACCAGUAAAAGCAGUGGUCGCCA